UUUUUCGGCUGCUUUUUUGGUAGCUACAUGUUCAUGUCGAUUCAAGUCAUUGAACCAUAAGGAAUUUACUGUUUUGCACGCGAUAUUUGGUUUUAUACAAUUUUAUUGCAGUUUAGUGCAUUUUCCAGAAUUCAGAUUCAAUCACGCACGCUCACCCAGAAUCCAUUGGAAAACGCGUAAGCGAAUAUGGAAGGAAGCAGAACAACGAGAAUAACAAACUGUUGAUAUCUUCCAAAUUUUCCGACAGCCACAAGUAGCUCAUCAAACUGCGCUCCAAAGUCGCUGCUUUUCUCCUCUGACAGCGUUUCCGUUCCAUCGUUCACGUAACAUGGCAGAAGUUCUUUCUUCCCGGCAGACCCACUCUUUUCACAAUCUGCAUCGCUGGACAUGCUGCUGCAACUGGGAAUGACGCGAAAUUCGUCCAAGAAUACCACAUGCCAGUCAGGAAUGGCGACGAAGUGCAAUCAAAGAACAUGCAAAUGAAAUCAGUAAUUAUUGGAUAACCAACUGCAAUCAACAACACGAUAGCACGCGAGCAAAUUUGGACUUUGCUCGGAAUACGUUUCGAUUCUCUGGUUGGAGUAGGUUGCUGACUGAGUGCACUCACAAUCAGAAUACUGAGACGGAUAUGUUGGGCCAUUCAGAAAAGCCGACAGAAAUAGUGAGGUACUUAUAUAAAAUUCCGCUGGUUUCCGAAGAACUGGUUAUGAAUUAUUAUAGUUGAUGCGAAGACGUGCCGCCGCUGUAUUGUACUACAGUACGAACGGGACAGUCAGCUGUGAGCUACCCAAGUUAUAUGCAGUGGCAGCCAGCCAUGCUUGCAGACUUGUUUUCGGAUGACUCAGGCACACUGGUGGCUGGUAUUAAAAACAUUCACGGUACGAGUAUAUAGCUUCACAAAUAUCUAAAGAUAUCAUGGAUAAACGAGUUUUUCUUGCCGGAGGAUACCAGUUAGCGGACGACACAGCAUCCCGAAAUGUUUAUGAAACUGACCUUAGAAACAAUGGAUGGUGCUGUUUUGCAACACUGCCGUGUCAGUACACGAUUAACGCGGCUAGUGUAUGUACGAACAACGCAUUGCACAUCGUUUCCGGUCACGGCGUAAAUGGGGAAUUCGAAGGACAUGCCCACAGGCUUGAUGUUGCAAAAGGAACUUGGCAAACCUGUAGUGGAAUAAUCGACGCACCAGUUUUCGUGGAUGAAUGCAUAAUUCUGGAUCGCGACAGCACGCGGGAGCGGAUAAUGCUCGUUUACGAUGCGAAACAGAAUAUCAGUGAGUUAUAUGCAGGCGGCACUCCUUACCAGAGCCAUUUUGCUAUCUUGGACUGGGACAGUGGAGUGUUCAACACGAUAAGUCGGCUAUCGGGCAUAUCUGAAGUUGGGAUGUGCAGUUCCGAAGGCUCACUCGUGUUAGGCGGGGGUGUUGAUGCAAACGGAACGGCAUUACCCAGCGUCCAUGUCGGGUCCGUUAUAGAUGAACGUCUAACUUUACAACCGGCUCGUGCAAUGGCUGUGCCGCGAGGUCAUCAUCGUUUUGUUUCCCCUUCCAACGGCAAAGUUGUUGCUGUUGGUGGGACCUUCAGAUUCGGUGGCCGGCAUUCGUACUCUUCUUGCGAAAUGUACGAUCUGCAUCGCGAUAUUUGGACAUUUCUGCCGCCGUUAUCCACAGGUCGCAGGAAUUUCGCGGCCACUUCUCGAGAUGGAUGUGUUUUUGUUGCUGGAGGAUUUAACGGAUCGGAUGGUAUUCGGUUUGACUCUGAGAUGCUCGAUUUGAGAAUGCCAAAGUGGAUUAAAGGACCGGAUGUGCCUCCUGUAUUGUGGAAUUAUACUAUCGCGUAAUCUGCAAUUCCGAAAUCGUCACUUCUCCAAACAAAUCGCUGUGUUCGAUUUUUUAUGAACUUUUGUCGCUUUAUCUCGUUUAUUACUUAUCCAAUGCUUGCCGAUGUUUUGUUUUUGUUGUAUUAUCGUGUAACGGGUAUAAGGAACUUGUUGCAGCAGUGAAAGCGUGCUACAUUUGGUUUUUUUGCAGUAUUAUUAAUAUUAUAUUAUAUGAUUUUAUCCAACUGCA